AUUGACACUGAUCACUGACCUACAACCCCUAUAUAAACACUUCCCCCUCAACCCCAUAUCCUCAAACACACAAAACCCCAACUUUCUCUCUCUACAAUCCAUCAACCAAUUUCUCUCCUCCUCUUCCUCUCUCAUCACUCCAAAGAUCAUCAACCAUGGUUGUUGAGGUUAGGGAGAACGGCGCCGUCGUGGAGGUGGCCGACGGCGGCAAGGCGGCGGCGGCGGCGAAGCUGACGGUGAAGCGCGGCGAGCCGGAGCUGGUGGCGCCGGCGGAGGCGACGCCGACGGGGGAGAAGUACUACCUGUCCAACCUGGACCAGAACAUCGCCGUGAUCGUGCAGACGGUGUACUGCUACAAGCCACCGGCGGCGAGCGGCGGCGACAAUGGCGACGCGGUGGCCGUGCUCCGCGACGCGCUGGCGAAGGUGCUCGUCCACUACCACCCGCUGGCGGGGCGGCUGACGAUCAGCGCGGAGAUGAAGCUCGCCGUGGAGCUCACCGGCGAGGGCGCCGUGUUCGUCGCCGCCGACGCCGGGUACGACCUCGCCGACGUCGGCGACCUCACCAAGCCCGACCCCGCCGCGCUCGGCCACCUCGUCUACUCCAUCCCCGGCGCCAAGAACAUCCUCGAGAUGCCCCCCAUGACGGCGCAGGUGACACGGUUCAAGUGCGGCGGCUUCGCGCUGGGGCUCGCCAUGAACCACUGCAUGUUCGACGGGCUGGGCGCCAUGGAGUUCGUCAACUCGUGGGCGGAGACGGCGCGCGGCGCCGCCGAGCUCACCGUGCCGCCGUUCCUGGACCGCACGUUGCUCCGCGCGCGCGACCCCCCGGUGAUCUCCUUUGAGCACCACGAGUUCGAGGAGAUCCCCGACGUCUCCGACACGGCGGCGCUCUACGCCGACCAGGACCUCCUCUACCGCUCCUUCUGCUUCGACCCGGACCGCCUCGAGCGCGUCCGCGCGCUCGCCCUCGCCGGCGCCGGCGCCGAGAACGGCGACGACCUCGUCGGCGGGCGGUGCACCACCUUCGAGGCGCUGUCGGGGCUCGUCUGGCGCGCGCGCACCCGCGCCCUGGGCCUCGCGCCGGAGCAGCGGACGAAGCUGCUGUUCGCCGUGGACGGGCGGCGCCGCUUCGAGCCGCCGCUCCCCCGCGGCUACUUCGGCAACGGCAUCGUGCUGACGAACGCGGUGGCGACCGCCGGCGAGCUGCUGUCGUCGCCGCCGUCGCGCGCGGCGGGGCUGGUGCAGGCGGCGGUGCGGAUGGUGACCGACGGGUACAUGCGGUCGGCGGUGGACUACUUCGAGGCGACGCGGGCGCGGCCGUCGCUGGCGUCGACGCUGCUGAUCACGACGUGGUCCAGGCUCGCCUUCCACGGCGCCGACUUCGGCUGGGGCGCGCCGGCGAUGUCCGGCCCCGUCACGCUGCCGGAGAAGGAGGUCAUCCUCUUCCUCGCGCACGGCGAGGAGAGGAAGAGCAUCAACGUCCUCCUCGGCCUCCCGGCGUCCGCCAUGGACGCCUUCCAAGAGCUCAUGGACGAGAUAUGAUGAAAAAAAAGGAUGGAUUGCAUUGGUCACAUGGUUUAUGAUGCAUAUGGAUGGUGUUCUUCUUUUCUUUUAUGGUUAAAUUUAAAAUUUGCAUGGGUUUAUACACUUUGUAGUGUGGUGUUUUGUUUUUAAUGAUUAAUUGUGGUGAGCAUGUGUUAAAUGUUAAUCAGCUGCUCUAUGUUGGUGUUUGAUAAGAGGCACUGUGGCAAAAUGGUUGUAACUUGUAAGAUGGUUUAAUGAUAAUGAGAAGCAAUUGGUAUUUGUUUAGUUAA